UGUAAAUAUCCAUUUUUGAGUUGCAAAACGACACUUAGGAUUUUGAUUUUUGUUGAUAUUAGUAGACAGGAAAAGCCACGGUGGCACAAACCUUGCACUGUAGAACAGUGUGCGUACAACCCAAGAGCCCAUUCCAGUCUCAAGAUAUUUUCCAAGAUAAAUAUUUUCAUUAAAAUACAUCAUAAAUUCUCCUCUGUUUUCAGAGUGUUCUUCAGAGGAUUCUCUAUUUGUUUUUCACUGAUAAAAGAAGUAGUAUUACUGCUGAGAACGCCUAAAGAAGAACUAAUAAGAAAUGUAUUUUCAGUGUUGUUUUCAGAUCUGGAGCUCUGCUUCUCUUCGAGCCCAGUUUGCUUGUCUGUUUAUGGUAGAAAUGGCUGGCUCUCAAGUUCAAAUGUCUUCUGCGUUUUAGGAGAAAUCCCUUCUCUUUCCUUAACCUCCUUGGGGCACUUUUGGGGUACUGAUGUUGUUUUGCCUCCUCAGCAAGCAUCAUAUCACCAGGAGGUGAGUCAAGAAGUUCGAGAGAGAGCCCUGCGCUUUGGAACAGAAUGUACGCUGGGAUACCUGGAACUCUUGGAACAUGUCCUCCUGAUCCUUCAAAAACCAACACCAGAGCUAAAGCAUCAGUUGGCUGCUUUCUCCAAGCGGGUUGCCAGUGCUGUUACAGAGCUUAUUCAGUCAGCAGAAGCUAUGAAGGGGACAGAGUGGGUGGAUCCAGAAGACCCAACAGUCAUUGCGGAGACAGAGCUACUGGGAGCUGCAGCAUCAAUUGAGGCUGCAGCAAAGUUAGAGCAGCUGAAACCAAGAGCCAAGCCAAAGCAAGCAGAUGAGACUCUGGAUUUUGAAGAACAGAUCUUGGAAGCAGCUAAAUCCAUUGCAGCUGCUACCAGUGCCCUUGUGAAGUCAGCUUCAGCAGCACAGAGAGAACUGGUGGCACAGGGAAAGGUUGGAGCAAUCCCUGCAAAUGCAGCUGAUGAUGGACAGUGGUCUCAGGGACUUAUUUCCGCUGCCCGAAUGGUGGCAGCUGCAACCAGCAAUCUUUGUGAAGCAGCUAAUGCUUCAGUACAAGGCCACGCUAGUGAGGAGAAGCUCAUCUCAUCUGCAAAACAAGUCGCAGCUUCUACAGCACAAUUGCUUGUGGCUUGCAAAGUGAAGGCUGAUCAUGACUCUGAAGCCAUGAGGAGGCUGCAGGCUGCAGGGAAUGCUGUCAAGAGAGCAUCAGACAAUCUUGUCAGGGCAGCCCAAAAAGCAGCUUUUGGAAAAGCAGAAGAUGAUGACGUUGUGGUCAAAACAAAAUUUGUGGGUGGCAUUGCUCAGAUCAUUGCAGCCCAAGAAGAAAUGUUGAAGAAGGAAAGAGAGCUGGAAGAGGCGAGGAAAAAACUUGCUCAGAUCCGCCAACAGCAAUACAAAUUUCUCCCCACAGAGCUGAGAGAAGAUGAGGUACCACUGAAGUCCAGAUGUGCACGUCUGUGGAGUUUGGAACUAGUCCGUGCAUUUGUUUGGCAUGGAAACUUGCAGCAGGAAGUGACAAGUUGGGGUAAGGGAUGAAGGUUAAUUAAUAAGCAAGGCAGAUGUUUACUUUGUGCUGUUAACUUGUGAAACGAUAAAUGGGCUCUGUUGUAUCUCACCCUUCUUCAUGUGGAUUUCACUUUAAGAAAUUGUAUGCAAAUUAAAAGCAAAAUGCCUCAAA